GGGGGAACCAAUAAACAGAAUUAUUCAAAUGUGAACUACUGUCAUUGGUUGGUUGUGUCAAGUACCGGUAUAUGAUGAGGGACGGCUUGACACGUACUGGUAGUCUUUUUAGUGAAACAGACUUGUUCGAGAAGUCUCAUUAUCCAAGCUGACUUCAGUUAGUGAAAACGAGCAUAAAAGUACAGAUCACUAAAUCUGCUAAGGAGCGAUGAUUUUAUUGAUCUUCUCCAGCCUUGUUGUGGGGUUGAUGGCGAUUGGCAAUUACAGUUAUGUUCCCGAUGAAACGUACUUCGGGUGCUGGCCCAACCCCUGCGCAAAUAAUGCGACAUGCAUAGAGGGUGAAGAUGCAAAUCCACUUGUCUAUUACAAGUGCAAUUGUACCGAAGGUUAUUACGGAUACAAGUGCACCAUCGUUGAAUGUGGGAAAAAUGCCGUGUGCUUUAAUGCUACUAGUGGUUUACCCGUGAUUGAGAGAAAUGAUGUAUGCGAUGAAGAUAUUGGUCUUCACUGCAAAUGCAUAGAUGGAUUCGUAGGCGACGGGUUUACAUGCACCAAUAAGACGAAAUGAAGUUCUCCAAAAGGAAAUUAUCAAAGAAGAGCACAGAUGGAAGCACAG